AUGCUGCCAAGCGUGCCUCUAUGCGGCUCUGCUUUCACAAGCCCUGCUUUCACGAGCCCGUCACAAUUCAACGACUCGGGGGCGGCGACAGCCUGCAAGCUUCCCCACAACCUCGGCUCGUUCCCCGCGUCCAAACGCUCUCCAACUAAUCACAUCAUAAUGCACCGUCGGUCCACAGUGACCCUCACCGUGGGCUGA